UCAGCAACGAAACUGUACAGGGACAAGUAUCAGGCCGCUCAAAAUGGGAAAAUAGGCAUGGUAAUUGCAAGUUUCUGGAUGACCCCAAGGCAUUCGACGAACAUCAGUAGGAAGGCAGCCUCUAGAGCUCUUGACUUUCAGUUUGGAUGGUUUGCUCAUCCUAUUACCUAUGGUGACUACCAAAAAUCGAUGAGGAGAUAUGUUGGUGAACGGUUACCCAAAAUCACAGAAGCACAGUCAGAGGCGCUAAAAGGCUCUCAUGACUACAUGGGGGUAAAUUACUACACAGCAAGAUACGUAGAUGAAUUCGCAACCCCUUUCACCACUCUCAAUCUUAAGUUACACCACCGAUUGCCAUUGUAAUUUGACCGCUGAGAAAGAUGGCAUUCCGAUUGGCCAACCGACCGCUGCCGAGUGGCCGUACAUAUACCCAAAGGGUAUCAGAGAGUUGAUGCUCCACGUGAAGAAAAACUACGAGGAUCCGACCAUUUAUGUGACGGAGAAUGGAACGGCAGUUGCAAAUAACAAAUCGUUGCCGCCUGAAGAUGCACUGAUAGAUAGAUUGAGAAUAAUUAGUAACUUUCAGCAGCAUCUCUCAAAUCUCUCCAAGGCUAUUGAGGAAGGAGUGAAUGUGAAAGGAUGCUUUGUGCGGAGUUUCCUAGACGACUUCGAGUGGGCGGAGGGUUAUACAACCCGAUACGGCCUCAUAUUCGUGGAUUACGGGAAUGGAUUGAAGCGAUACCUGAAGCAAUCGGCGUACUGGUUCAAAAGUCCUACGAAAGGAUAAUGCGACUGUCAACUUCUCCUUGCAGAGCGAUGCCUAGCAUAUUUACUUCUUGCAUGAUUGUUGUCUUCAUCGAUAUAAAUGAGUGGAGAGAGUAUGUAUGAGCAUUCGGAUUGUUUUUAAAAGUGAAACAGAUUGAAUUUCUAUCUACCUUGAGGAUAAAGGGGCUGCGUCCCUGCAACA